AUGAGGUCUUUAAUAGCAGACACCACAGGCUCGGCUGCUUCUUCAGGUGGCGGUGCUGGUGACGCUGUUUUCAGCAACUGGAGAUCUCCGAUGCCCUACCUCUUCGGCGGCCUAGCACUCAUGUUGGGACUCGUCGCAGUUGCAUUGCUAAUUCUAGCUUGCUCCUAUCGUAGAACCUCGUCCAACUCAACAAGUUCGGGUCGUGAAGAUGGAAAACCAACGUCAAGGGGAGUGGAUGACAUAGAGGCUGCAGAGCCGGAGCCCAAGAUUCUCGUGAUAAUGGCCGGAGAGAAAACGCCGACAUACUUGGCACACCCCAUUUCUUCCUCUACUCGAUUACCAAACUGA